AUGAGGCUACUAUCGCAAUCUACUUGCUCGAUCUUGCUAGCCUCGAGCUUUCUCUUCAAUAAAGCUUAUGGAAGAGGACUUAUCGCUUAUCGAAUUGUUUCCGAAGACGUAGCCAGAGAUAUCAAUCAGCACGAAAAGCCUAGAGAUCAGAAUUUCGAUCAAAGAUCUUCUAAACAACUAGGAGAAGGUUUUUAUGCGGCAAACAUAAUUGCUCACUGGCGGGCCACACCAAGCGCAUGGUAUUGUGCCAUCGAAGCGGAUAUUGACAGGAUCAGAGAUUUAAGCAAAGUAUGGAUCCCAGAAGGAAACAUUGAGACCAAUCAGAUAUUAUGGUACAAAAAUGAAGAAACUAUUUUGGGUUACAUCCAGUCAAUAGCGCCAGAAAACCCGGAGAAAGCAUUACGCUUUUCAUCUUCUUCAGAAUGGCCUGAGCAGUUGCAAAUAGUUAUUCCAACUGUAACGCUAAAUGACGAUAACUUGGAUUUCUGGGCUAAAUGCUGGGAAACAAAGAAAGAGCUGGAAGAUUAUACGACCGAGCCCGUUAAUUGGCUGGAUUGGGAUAUUAUUGGAGAUCCUCGGGUGCACUUCAAUGUUGAUGGCGAUGAUAAGGUUAAGCGACGACGAUAUUCAGAUAUUCACGCAAUUCAUAGUGAUAUGCGUCGAGUUUUCUCUCGACAACUGUCGAAUACGUGUAGCCUUACGGGCGGCCUCGAUCCGUAUAAUACAAACAUCGUUCUCUUUCGUCGUAGAGCUAAGAAAGCUCGCGUUCAGAGAGAAAAGCUCGAGACACAGCUAGCUGGCUGCAUCGCACUCGCCUUAUACUACUAUCACGAUCGUUGCGAAGCGAGAUCCCCUGGCCCUCAGAGGGCCGCCAGGGAAAGACCUUGUUUAAAGUACUAUAGUUAUUUGAUGACCCAACCAACCCCCACCCCCACCCCCACCCCCACCCAAUCCGACCUACCUAUUAUCAUAAGUAAAUUACCUUCAUCUUUUGACCUUCUGAAAAGGAAGAUUGCAAUCCUAUGA